GUUAUAUAUUGCAAGCGAUAGCACUGAUAGUAUACUACUAUUAAUAGUCAAAAACAUUAAACAGUAUAUUACUGUGUAUUACUGGUUGUAAUAGUAAUACAUAUUAUUAUAUAAGUUAUAUAUAAAACUGGGAUUUUUUUUCUAUGUAUGUAUAGUAUGUAAUACAUACAUACAUACUAUGUAUAGUACUGUACAGUAUAUAAGUCAGUGAUAAUAACAACAACAAUGAGUGGCAAACAUUAUCUAUGACUACUAUUAGUGGCCUAUCUAUGUGUUGUUCAACCACAACAAUAACAACUGAUCUCCUCAAUGGACAUCUCGGAACCGUCGACUUCUACGGCCAACAUUAUCAACAGCGGCGGUAGUGGCAGUGGUGGCGGUAAUUGUGAUCAGACUAUAGCCAGUGGCGGCAAUCAAACACAAGUGACUGCCGAAUCGGUCGACGACUUUCUCAAUACUGGUCGCACCGGUAGACGAAAUGCAAUGCCAGAUAUCUUGGAGGAGAAAUCGUGUCAAUUAAGUACAUCUGAUUUGCCACAAGAGCUCGAGAAACUCAAUUUCAAUGAGAUUGAACCAAACGGAAGUAGUGGUGAGUCCUCUUCGUCGACGACAUCAUCGACAGCAACGACUUCUUCGUCACAAAAAUAAUUGAUAUGUUUUUGGACCACUUUUAAUGGAUCAGUUGAAAGAAAAACAGCUGCAAAAGCAAAUGAAAAUUGUAUUUAUAUUACUGUAUUGUCAAUGACAUAGUGUGUGUGUCUGUGUUUAUAUGUGACUUCUCUGAUGAAAAAUGAUAAUCAACUCUUAACUCUUCAUCGUUAACACCAAAUUAA